ACAUUUAUUAAAUAUAUUUAGACUACAAUACGCAUUACCUUAAAGACAAUUUAUCAUGUUUUAAAUGCUGGAGGGCUAAUUUUUUCAGUAGGAGUGUGUAAUUAGCAAAGGCGCCAGAGGCCAUAAGACGGUAGAAUAGAGCUGGGAGAGGCAGGGGAGGAAAGCCGGAUGGAACCCUGUUGUCUUUCUGGGUCAGGGUUAGUCUGUACCGGUUAAACGGUGAAAGAGAAAAGGUCAGCGCAGGAAUUUGGUAUUUCCCUGACAUCUCCAGAUGAAAGUCCGGGCUCUAGGACUUCUCUAGACUGUGAAAGCAGCCCACGAUUCUUCCUUGCAUGCACCUAAGUGGCAGUAGGUUUAGGAUGAAAGUGGCGGGGCAGAGGCCGGCGGUCCUCGCCCGUGCCCUCUGCACCCCUGUCCCGAGGCCGGGAUGGCCGCGUCCACUCUGGGUAAAUUUCAGGAGGGCCUACGCGUGGCUGGAGAACUCCACCGGGCUCUGCGAACAGAAUCCUGCGAAGAGGAUGGCAUUCCCUGUGGAUAUGCUGGAAAAUUGCAGCCAUGAGGAAUUGGAAAAUUCUGCUGAAGAUUACAUGUCAGAUUUAAGGUGUGGGGACCCUGAAAAUCCAGAGUGUUUUUCUCUUCUCAAUAUUACGAUUCCUAUUAGCCUGUCAAAUGUAGGCUUUGUACCUCUUUAUGGUGGAGAUCAGACCCAGAAAAUUCUUGCUCUCUUUGCACCUGAAGAUUCACUGACAGCUGUGGCACUUUACCUUGCUGAUCAGUGGUGGGCUAUUGAUGAUAUUGUGAAAACAUCUGUUCCUUCAAGAGAGGGGCUUAUGCAGGUGAGCACUCUUGGGGAGAGAGUGGUUCUGUAUGUUCUGAAUCGAAUUAUUUAUAGAAAACAGGAAAUGGAGAGAAAUGAGAUCCCAUUCCUGUGUCAUAGCAGUACUGAUUAUGCUAAGAUUCUGUGGAAGAAAGGAGAGGCCAUUGGGUUUUAUUCAGUUAAGCCUACAGGAAGCAUAUGUGCCUCUUUUCUUACCCAAAGUUACCAAUUGCCAGUUCUUGAUACAAUGUUUCUAAGAAAGAAAUACAGAGGUAAAGAUUUUGGGCUUCACAUGCUGGAGGACUUUGUUGAUUCCUUUACAGAAGAUGCACUUGGCUUGCGGUAUCCACUGUCUUCUCUCAUGUACACAGCUUGCAAGCAAUACUUUGAGAAGUAUCCAGGAGACCAUGAACUCCUUUGGGAAGUCGAAGGUGUUGGACACUGGUACCAGCGAAUACCAGUCACCAGAGCAUUACAAAGAGAAGCACUUAAAAUUCCAGUUUUUAAAAUUCUUCUAUACACAGCAGUUUCUCAAAAUGAACCUAAAAGACCUUUGUCUGGAGAAUAUGGUCCUGCAUCUGUUCCAGAAUAUGAAGCAAGAACUGAAGACAAUCAGUCUAGUGAGAUGCAGCUAACUAUUGAUUCUCUAAAAGAUGCCUUUGCAAGCACUUCUGAAGGUCAUGAUAAAACAUCUGUUUCCACUCGUACUCGAAGUAGUAAUCUAAAGCGGCCAAAGAUUGGAAAACGGUUUCAGGAUUCUGAAUUUAGCAGUUCUCAAGGUGAAGAUGAAAAGACCUCCCAGACUUCACUUACAGCUUCAAUAAACAAAUUGGAGUCUACUGCUCGCCCAUCAGAGAGCUCAGAAGAAUUCCUGGAAGAAGAACCUGAACAGAGAGGGAUUGAAUUUGAGGAUGAAAGCAGUGAUAAAGAUGCACGGCCAGCACUGGAAACCCAGCCACAGCAAGAGAAGCAAGAUGGUGAAAAGGAAUCUGAAUUAGAGCCUAUGAAUGGUGAGAUAAUGGACGACUCUCUUAAGACCUCACUUAUAACGGAAGAGGAAGACUCCACUAGUGAAGUUUUAGAUGAAGAAUUAAAAUUGCAGCCUUUUAAUUCCAGUGAAGACUCUACAAAUCUUGUUCCACUGGUGGUAGAAUCUUCAAAACCCCCUGAGGCAGAUGCACCAGAUAAGACCCCACGUAUACCUGACUCAGAAAUGUUGAUGGAUGAAGGCACAUCUGAUGAAAAGGGGCACACGGAAGAGAAACUGUCCCUACUUCCAAGAAAGAAAGCACAUCUUGGGAGUUCAGACAAUGUUGCUACUAUGUCAAAUGAAGAACGAUCUGAUGGUGGUUUUCCAAACUCUGUGAUAGCUGAAUUUUCUGAAGAACCGGUCUCUGAGAAUUUGUCUCCUAAUACUACUUCCUCAUUGGAAGACCAGGGUGAGGAGGGGGUAUCUGAGCCCCAGGAAACAUCUACUGCUCUUCCUCAGAGUUCUUUGAUAGAGGUUGAACUUGAAGAUGUGCCAUUUUCACAGAAUGCAGGACAGAAGAAUCAGUCAGAGGAGCAGUCUGAAGCAUCUUCUGAGCAACUGGAUCAGUUUACACAAUCGGCAGAAAAAGCUGUGGAUAGCAGCUCAGAGGAAAUAGAAGUGGAAGUGCCUGUGGUAGACAGGCGGAAUUUAAGAAGAAAGGCCAAAGGGCAUAAAGGACCUGCUAAGAAGAAAGCUAAGCUGACUUGAAGGAAGAAGAAAAGUGGAUGAUAAAUCCUCUUCUUUGUAACAUAGUUGUUGUUUUUAAAAUAUGGUAAUUAAUAAACAGCAUGGGGCACAGGACAAAAAUUUCAAAAUUUCAAUUUGAACGUAUUUACUAUGCAGUUUUUUGCCUCCCUUUAGAACGUAGAAUUCACCAUUCUUUUUAAUUUUUCAGGCUAUUUUUGGUAAAUGCAAUUUUUUAUUUUUAUUAACCAUGUUUCAAUUUUGGGAAACCAGAUCAUAUUAUAUUUUCUUUAUCAGGUGGUACAUCUGACCAUUGUUUCAAAAAUAUAAUUAAAAAACUGUGAAAGUAGUAGGAUUUCCAUUACUUAUAAGGAUCACAGAAAUCUUUUAUACUAAGGGUUUUAAUAGUAAAACUUGGUGAGGGUUCUAGAAGUUUUAAAUUUCAAAACUAAUCACCAAUUUUUUAAAAUGUAGGCAUGCCUAAACAAAAAUAAGUAUCAAUAAAUUAGAAAAAUAACUUCAAGUAAAUGAGAGCACAAAAACAGAAACUUACGGUCAAAGGUUCAUGAAGAUAUUUUGGUUUUGGCCUCUAAAUCCUAGAUAUAGAUGCAGUUUUUUCCUUUGACUUCACUAUCUAUGGAAAGGUACACAUAAAAUCUGUUUCUGAUUCAUUCUAUCAUCUGAUGUUAACAGUACUGUCAGGGGUUUAACUGUGGCAUGUGGGGACUAUUUAAAAUUUCAUUUGAAGUAUUAGUUUGCUGUAAUUUUUUUUGUCUGCAUAUGUGCAGAUGCCUAGAAGUUUAGACUUCACUUUCACCUUUAAUCAGGUAAAAAUCACAACUAUACUUUAGAGACAUAGUUUAAUUUGGACUUCUGGUCCUGAUCAGAUAGAUAAAUUAAGCUGGAGAUUUUACUUUUAUCCCAACCCAGUUAACAUCUAUAUUUCAGAAGUAUGAGGCUCCUUCCUAAGGCAUCUCCUUAAAUCUUGCCACCUCCCUAAUUCUGUAGUCUUAUUUAUAUUCCCCCACAGCUUUCAUCUACUUCUCUAACUCAUGGAGUGAUCCUCCAACCAACAGAUCUUCCUGCCUGCAGGCUUAUGCCCUUGAUGUCCAUUUUUGGGUAGGUUUGGAGGUGCACCCCACAAUGUUAGACCUAUAUGGCAGGGGUAAAACUGCCCCCAAUGUUAGACCUAUAUGGCAGGGGUAAAACUGCCUUUGGGGGAGCUAUGGUUACAAGGGCUUCAAUCAUAUUGGAGGCUUCAGUCAUCCUUUGAUUUGUACUGUGAGUACUGGUUGCAUGCUGGCCUGUUAAGUGUAUAUUGUGUUGCCAUAGCAAAGGCCUAGGAAAAUUUGAAGAAAAAAAAACACUGAACUGUUAAUUUUUGUAAUUUAUUUAAAAAUGGACAAAAUGGUUAUUAGAAUCUAAAGAUAAUCUAAAAACAAUUCUACUCUUUGGAAAUAUUAUGUGUACUCAAAUUUGCACUUAAGUUGGAGAAUGGUUUGAGACCAUUUAGAUUGUUUUAAAAAUAGCUUGAUCUUGAUCCUUAUGCAAAAGAAACAUUAAGACUUUGUGUCAUUAUUUGAGGUAGCUAAGGACUGAUGUUGAAAGUUUAUUCAGUCUAUAGUAAGCUGAUGUCAGGUCAGUAAAUUUUGUUUGGGGAUGUUGGUAUUUUCGAUCUAAUUAGUUAAGUUAAAAUCUUUAAGCAGACAAAAAUAGUAAACCCUCCUAUUUGUGUUAGAUUUUGAACACUUGUAUUACCCUAUAUUUUUAAUUAGUCAGAGGUAAGCCAGAUUAUUUCAUUCUAAAUGAAAAUUAAAGCACUUUGGCCAUUUAUUUUUUCAACAAAUGCUAAUACUAAGUAAAAAAAAAAAAAAAAGUAUGACUACUAUUAGUGAAUCUACCAAACAUUUAUGCUGUUUUAUACAUUUUAUGAGAAACUUCUGUCAAUAUCACAAAGGGAAAUAUUCUGUUAAGAUUCAGUAAUUUCUUAACCUUUACAUUUUUCAUUUCUUAGACUUGAAAACACUUGUAGAUAUUUUAUUUUUACUUGGGUUUGUUGAAAAUACUUUCUUUUCAAAUUAUUUUAAACAUGGAAACGCUUCAUGAAUUUGUGUCAUCCUUGCACAGAGGCCAUGCUAAUUUUCCCUGUAUUGUUCUAAUUUUAGUAUAUGUGCUGCUGAAGUGAGCACUAAAAGACUUUCUUUAGACAAGUGUAGUUUUUUAAAGAUUGAGCUCACUGGCUCAACUCUUGAUGUGUGAAUAUAGUUAAGUUUACAAAAAAUGUUUAAUCAUAUAUGACCACUGGGGGCUAACAGUAUAAACUUAUUCUUGUUAAACUUGUUUGGGUUAAAUAGUAAGUGAAUUGUAAACAAUUUAGAAGUUUUUUGUUCAGCACACACGAACACUUGUGUUACAGAUUAUCUCUGACAGAAAUUAUUUUGGGGUUUAUAGAUUAUAGAGGGAAAAGUUAGAUCACUUGGAAAAACCUAACUCUCAUGUUCAGUAACUUGAGUAUAUUAUUUGUACCACAGUUUAUCUUCAAUAAGGAACCUACAUGAACUUAAUCAGUUAUCUGUAGUUUUUGCAAAGCAUUAGAAAAAAUUUCACAAUUACAGAGGACUGAAAAUGUGAUUUCAGCCGGCUAGUCUAGUUGUUGAAUGUCCAGUCACAUUACACAUAGUCCUUUGUGAACUUGUGAAGGGAGUUCACUUUUUGUGUACAUACGUGUAUAUUUCCUUGUGUAAUAUAAAGCAGAUGGUUAUUAGCAGUAUUUUAGUUCUUUCAAGUUUAAAUUAUUCAAUUGCUAGACAUCACAGAAAUUAGUAUAUUUAAGAAUUUAUUAUAAAGCUCCUCUACAACUUUUAAAGGUGAGAGGGUCUAUUAUGAUUUUUUAUAAAAUCAAACAGCAUGAUUUAGAACGUCAGUCUUCUACUUAAAAUGUGUCUAUAUUCAUGGUAUUUCCAUUCAGUGUAGAUGGUAAGGAAAACAUCUAGUCAUUAAAGAUUUACUUUUAGCAGACUCCAGAACACUACCUACAGUGGGGUUUCAGUGACUAGAAAUCUUGAAGGUUUAUGAUUGCAUCAAAUUGAGCCUGUACUAAUAUCUAAAUAUCUGCUCUUAUGUUCUGCUUUAUCCCUUGCGAUUACCUUCUAAGGUUUGGUCACACCAGCAAACUGAAACAGAUCUUAAUGUAAAUAAAGAAUUUAUACUAAUAUUACUCAUCUGUGUUACAGUAUUUUGAAAAAUGUUUCAGGUGUCAUCUAGUCUUUCAUGGGUGUGAUUAGUUACAAACGUUAUGCUUGUGUUUUCAUACUUAAUAUCAAGCUUUCUUUGUACCUUACAAGAUAGUAUUUUUGGUUCUGAAAAAACAAGCAAACUUCAUUUUUGUAGUAUCCAGAAAUUACCUGGAGUCAAUAUUUUUAUUCGCCUUCUAGAACUUGUGAUCCACACAUCACCUAUUUAUAUUAGUGGCAAAAUUAUCUGCUAAAAUCUAAUUGUAAGAAAGGCUUACCUUCUGUCAUCAAGUGAUUGUAUCAUCAUUUCCAAGGAACUAGCCUUUCUUUUCCUAAGCGUCUGUAUGUGUUCUAAAACUUCCAGUAUAUUUAUAGAACUUAGAAAAAAUGUUACAUUAUUCAGAGUAGCAAGUCUUACUGGAGUACUUAUGUUUGUUUUCUUGGUUUUUCUUUUUUUUAAGUUUAAAAGUAGUAAUUAAACCUGUACUUUGUGAUUGUU